AAACGGAAAAUCUACAAGAACGGUUAACAAUAUGACAGAAGAAUAUCUGAACGGGUGGAAACAAGCAGAAACCGAAGGCGGUGUUCCUUAUUACAUCAACCACGCGACCAAGCAGACGGAAUGGGAUCACCCAAGAAUGCGAGAGAUAAUGCGAUCGGUCGAAGAAUGCAAUGUGAUAAGAUACGCGUCUUACAGAACAGCUGCAAAGAUGAGAAUCCUCCACAGAGAUCUGAACAUGCAACAAGUUCGUCUAGAAUUGAUAGCCGGGGUUUUUGAGCGCCAUCGUCUGUCCGUGACGGAGAAUUCCGUCACCUUAGAUCCUACCGAGCUGGAAGACGUGCUUUCCGAUAUAUAUUUUGCAGCCCAGAAGGAGGCGAACACGAAUUUUAACACGGAUCUUGCGACCAAGCUCGGCGUAAAUUACAUACUCAACAUAUUCGACAAGAAACGCGGGGGCAGCGUUUCAGUAUUUUCGGCAAAAGUUGCUCUCACAUUGGCAAGCUGCAGCAGACUUCAGGACAAAUACGGCUACCUCUACCAACAGCUGGCCGAUCACAACGCCUGCUUGUCAAGAGCUGCCCUGUCCUCGCUUCUGAGCAAUAUCUGCAAAGUUACCGACAUGCUCGGCGAAAGCGUCGCCUAUGGAUCGCACAUGGUCCAGUUAGGCGUUGAUAAUUGCUUCGUCGAGUCGCAGGGAAGUCUCGGAGUCAGCGAGGCCGAAUUUGCUGCCUGGCUAAUGCAGGAGCCGCCGUUACUAAUGUGGAUCACAACGCUGAAUCGAAUGCAGGCAGCGGAAAACAUAAUCCACAAUGUGAAAUGUUCGUCCUGCAAAACUACGCCAAUUCAGGGACCGAGAUACUCGUGUUUGAGAUGCGCCGGUUAUCACCAGUGUCAGGGUUGUUUUCUACUCGGAAAAGCAACGAGCAAACACAAGCUGAAACAUCCGGUCAGGGAGUACUGUGUAAAGACGUCGAACAGGGAAGUGACGAAGCUAAUAAUCGAGCUGAUUAGAAACAAGCUGAGACUGUGUCCGUCAAGGACAGUAAUAGCAGAUCCCGAUGAGCCACCGCCCGAGAUGCAGCAUUUAACGAACGACGAAAAGGACGGGGACAACGUUUCGCUGAGGAGCACGGUCAGGAGGAAAGUACUGAACAAUCCACAGCGCGAGUUGCAGAGCAUAAUAAGCCACCUCGAAGACGAAAACAGGCAGCUGCAAGCCGAGCUUUUGGAAAUUUGCGGAACCAGAGCUGAGAGACUUCAGCGCCACAGAGCAACGAUAGAGUCGCAACUUCAGCGUCUCAAGAUUCUGAAGAAAUAUCUCUUCAAUCAGCCAGUACAACCGCGUAUCAUGACGCACAUGGAAAGCACUCCCAUGCUGCACCCCAUAGCGUCGAGAGUAACUCCGUUACCCCUGGAGUUUGAACUCAGUCCGAUUGUUCAGCAAGGAACAGUCGAGAGAAAAUUCAAGCGCGACUCAACUUUCGCGCGACAAGGAAGAGACGCGCUAGCUGUGGAAAACCUCGAUUCGAGCCCUGUUACUUCUAUGAAUUCAAGAAGAGACAAGCUGGGGACACAAUCGUGUACAGAUUCAAACUAUCCGAGUUCUGGAUUUGGCGGCAAUCUCUCGGAAUUCACACCUGUCGAUUUGAGCACCUGGAUUGGGGGUGGGAAGGGAGCGAAUGGAACAGGCCUGGCACCAAGUGGAAGUGGAUUUUCACAGUGGCUGCGAUCGGGUAAUUCAGUCGAGAUGGAGCGAGGAGGAGACAAGCAGGUAAAACCAGUGGCGACGAGCAGUUCGCACGGAGAUUCACCGCCAGCUGUUUCACAUUCGCCAAUCGGAUUGCCAAGAGAGAAUAACACACCGUCGUCUCUCCAGCGUCCUGACAAACAUUCGCAGCACAGCAGUUUGCAGAAUAUCCAAGGCGACCUAAACGACAUAUUGGACAGACUGCAGAACAUGGUCGCCAAUGAUUCUCUGCUCGAAGGGUCUCGUGCCCGUGUUGCAGGAUCGUUCAGCGCCAAUGACAAUUGCGAGCUCAAACGAGCAGCUACGGAAAUGGAGGAUCUUUUAACCGGGCUAAUCGAAGGCAUGGAAUCCAGGAAAGGAAAACUUGCCACGAUCGUAUAA